AUGAAUAAAUUGGUGGCAAAUAAUAGUAUUCAGCUCUCCAAUAAUGAAACAGUGAAUGGAGACUACUUAAUUGACGCGGCCAUUAAUUGGACAUCGUAUUUCGAUGAUCCGAUAAAUUUGGACUUACUAUUGCAAGAAAGCAGAGUUGAUUUCAGCGUUCUUGUCCCCUAUUUAGUGGAAAAGAUUGGAGAUCCAAUCGCCAUCUCGAUUUCAUACGUUUGCAUUCAACAUAAAAUUGAGGAGAUACGAUUUCUCAGGGCAAUACAGGAGAAAUUUCCACAUUUUAAGAAACUUGUGAACAAUCUGGUUCCGGAUGACGUAAUGAUUUCGAUAAAUCGUCUUAUCCUCGUAUUUCAACUGACACUUGGGAACAAUGUAAUUAAUUUAGUUUCUGUAUCAAUUAUUACGUUAACUUUUAUAUUUCUCUGGGAAACGCAUAGUUUCCACGGACAUAUUCAAUUCGUGUACGUCAUACUGGAGCUAAUACUUCGGAUUGGAAAAGUUAUCGAGUACUAUAAUAUUGUGGAGAACAAUGGAGAAAUUGAUCUAUUUUAUGGAGAAACUUAUUUAAUGAUCUGCCCAAUUACAAAAAUUUUGGAGGAUUUCAUGAUUUUCGCGAGAUUAUUUUGUUUGACGAUUAUCGUAUUUAUUUGAUUUAUGGAAAACUUUUGGGUAUUAGUAGAUUAAUGAUUGCUCAUAAGUCGAUUAUUUUAUUCAGAAUUAUGUUGCACGUUUUUAUUUGCAACUUAGGAGGAGAGUACGCCAA